AUGACUCUGUUGUUCGCUCUGUCAGCGAGAAAAUUCUGUUCCAGGAGGGAGGCAUUACGACUGACUCCCAGGAGCUUUCGCGUAACCAUCGCCAGUCUGCCUCAGUUGGGCAACGUCGGAAUUAACGCCGAUACCGGAGCCGCCGAUGGAGUCAUUGACCUCCGCUCCGGCACGGCCGAGACCCUACGUGAACUCCCUGCUCAUUUGCGCCCCCGUGCCUGGGUUUCGCUCCAUGUCGGAGGCUGGCAGGAUGCCCCCCACGAGCUCCAGGGAUUCAUGCGCCUUGACGACCAGUCUGGUCAGCGUCUGAUGGAGCAUGCUCGUGAUGCUGCUGAUGGCAAGGCCCAGGAGGCCACCGCAAUCGAUAACCUCCGUCUGCCCGAGAUCGUGGCUCUCUUUGCUCAGAAGCUGUACGGACACUUUGGAGAGGAGUUGCCUGAGGAGUUGACCUUGGAGUGUUUGAGCAACUUGGGUCCUCACCGCCGUUAA